CCCGGGGAGCCGGGGCAGCGCGCCCCUGAGCCAUGGAGGAGCUCACGGCGUUCGUCUCCAAGUCGUUUGAUCCCAAAGCCAAGGAGAAGAAGGAGCUCAUCACCUACCGCGAGGUGCUGGAGAGCGGGCCCCUGCGCGGCCCGCGGGAGCCCGGCGGGGCGGCGGCGGAGCCGGGCCGGGAGGACACGGGCAGCCCCGCGGCGCGGCCGGGCGGGCGGACCCCGCCGAGGGAGCCCGACGCCGCCGCCGAGAGAGCGGCCGAGGCGGCCACCCCCAAGCUCAGCGACGUGUCCCCAGAGCUGAAGGAGCGCAAGGAGGAUGCGAAAGCGAUGGAAGACGAAGGGCAGACGAAAAUCAAGCAGAGGAGGAGCCGGACGAAUUUCACCCUGGAGCAGCUGAACGAGCUGGAAAGGCUUUUCGACGAGACCCACUACCCGGACGCGUUCAUGCGGGAGGAGCUGAGCCAGCGGCUGGGGCUCUCCGAGGCCAGGGUGCAGGUCUGGUUCCAGAACCGACGAGCCAAAUGCCGAAAGCAAGAAAACCAACUGCACAAAGGGGUGCUCAUCGGUGCCGCCACGCAGUUCGAAGCCUGCCGGGUGGCCCCGUACGUGAACGUGGGCGCGCUGAGGAUGCCCUUCCAGCAGGUUCAGGCGCAGCUGCAGCUGGACAGCGCCGUGGCCCACGCGCAUCACCACCUGCACCCGCACCUCGCCCACGCUCCCUACAUGAUGUUCCCGGCCCCCCCCUUCGGGCUCCCGCUCGCCACCCUCGCCGAGUCCGCCUCCGCCGCCUCCGUGGUGGCCGCGGCCGCCGCCGCCAAGACCACCAGCAAGAACUCCAGCAUCGCAGACCUCCGCCUGAAGGCCAAGAAACACGCCGCCGCCCUGGGGCUGUGACCGCCCCGCGCCGCUUUUUUAAAAGGAAA